AUGUAUUACCCAACUAAGGAAGAAUUUAUUAAAGAUUUUGAUUUUUCAAACCCUGUUCGUUUAGGAUAGGGUGCAUUUGGAAAAGUGUAUAAAUUGUUAUGCAAAAGCGAUAAUUCACCUUUAGAAAAAGGGAAAUAUUAUGCAGCAAAGCAAAUAGAAGUUAUAAAUGAAUAGAUGUUUAACAAAAUUUAAAAUGAGUUUAAAAUUAAUUAGCUCAUUAACAUGCAUCCAAAUGUGAUAAAUGUUGUAAAAGUCUAUGCUUGGCAAGAAUUAAUGCCAAAAAAAUUUAGUCUUCUUUUAGUAAUGGAAUUAGCAGAUCGUAGCUUAUAAAAAGAAAUUCAUACAAGAAAACAAGAAAGAUCAUAUUUUUCAGCUUUUUAAUUGCUUGAGUUAUUUAAGAAAUGUCUAUUAACAUUUUCAACACUUGUUGAAUAAAAAUAAAUUUUUCAUAGGUACAAUAAUUGAUAUUGAUUUUUUAGAGAUAUCAAACCAGAAAAUAUCCUAAUACUUGAAGCUGAUAAUUUAAUUCCAAAAAUCACUGAUUUUGGAGUUUCAAAGAGUUUACAUGAAUUGAAUAUUUAGGAAAGUUUAAAAAAUACUAUAGUUGGAACUCCAGUCUAUUUUUCACCAAUUUUGUGGAAUGCAUUUGUUACUAGAUCUGAAUAGCCAAGUUAAAUUGAAAAAAUAAAACACGAUUUAGAAAAAUCUGAUAUCUUUUCACUUGGCUUAACUUUUCUUUAAUGUACAUUACUGUUAACAACUGAGAUCGUUGGACUUAAUAUGGUAUAUGACAAAUAAUAAUGAUCUAAGGUAGAAUAAAAAAAUAAGAGAAACAUGUUUUUAGAUAAGAUAGAAAAUGUCAGAAUCAGGAAUCUAAUUACAGAUAUGAUUUAAUAUGAAGAAUGUGAUAGAAAGACAUAUAAGGAAUUGAUAUAAUUAUAUUUUAAUUCGAAUUAAAAAGGAAUUUUUGAAGAAACUCCGUACUUUUGAUAUUUUAUAUUAGCUCUCCUUAAAAAUUGAAAUAAAUUAAUUAAAUUGUUUGUUUAAAACAUUAAAAUUGCAAAGCUUUAUAUUAUUGCUUUAAAUUAGUAAUUGCUGGGUAAUAUUAUUAUUUUAUUAUUAGUUACUAUUGUGAAGCCUGUUAUUAAAAUGAUGAUAUUCAACUUUUUUGCAUUCCUUUACCAGAAAAAAAUUAAAAAUAAUCAUAAUCCCAAAAAGAAACAUUAGAAGAAUAUUUUGAAUCUACUAUCCAAAUUAUUUUCAUUAAAGCUAUUAAAGAUUAAAUCAAUUUUGCAAAGUAAACAAAUAAACCUCCAGUAGAAUUAGAGAAAAAUAUACAAUAAAUUUCUAAAUUUUUGAUUUUCAAUUAAAACUAAACCCAAAAUUAAGUUUCAAAAUUAAUUAAAGGUAAAUUAGAAGAGAUUAGAAUUCCUUAUAAGGAAUACUUGAAUAAUGAAUUAUAUAAUGAAGCACUUAGAUAUUUGGAAUUAAAUAAAGAGAAAAUAUAUGAAUUAACAAGUGAUUUAAUUUUAAGAUUAGAUAAAUUAACUCCAAAUGAAGAAGUUCAAAGAUAAAAGAAGAAGAUUUUUGACUCAUCCACUUAGUAGAUUUUACCUAAUAGCCUAUAAAAUAAAAAAGAAUUCUGA